AUGGCUGAAAUGAAUGGACACUCUAAGAUCCCAGUUGCCCUCGUGGGAGGUGGGACUAUUGCUCCAUUACAUGCCGAAUAUCUUCUCUCAUCGCCAACGUGUGAAUUGGUGGCGAUUAUCGAUCCGUUUCCCCCAGGCCAGGAAUUGGCCAAGAAAUUGUCUGUGGCGCAUUUCCAAACUGUCACAGAAUUGGUGGCUGCACCCGGCAAGAAACCUGAGCUGUACACCAUCUGCGUACCCUCGGGCUUGCAUGUAAAACUGGCAACGGAGGUGCUGAACGUUGCUAGACCAAAAGCUAUUCUGGUGGAGAAGCCCUUUUCGAUAGACUCACCAUCUGGCGAGCAAUUAGUCGCCUUAGCAGAAGCAAAAGGGGUCAAGAUUGCUGUUGGCCAUCAUCGACGGUUUCAUCCCGCCAUCGGCGCAGCAAAGAGAGUGGUCCAAUCCGGGAAAAUUGGCAAGCUCACCGCCAUAUCGGGUGUAUGGACUUGCAAGAAAAAUGAUGGGUAUUUCACGUUUGCCACUUGGAGAGGAUCUCGUUUCGGAGGUGGUGGACCCGUCUGGACGAACUUUGUACACGAUAUUGACGUGUUGCACUAUAUUGUCGGUUCAAGGGUCACUCGGAUGUGGGUGACAGAGACCGUCAGGAGGCGGCAACACGAAGGAGUCGAGGAGGGCGCCGCAGUGAUGUUUCAAUUUGCGAAUGGAGUCGUGGGGACUUUCGUAAUCAGUGACAACGUGCCGAGCCCUUAUGGAUGGGAGUCUGCCACAGGUGACAAUCCGCUAUUUUCGAAGGCAGAAGUGGCAGUUGAUUGUUAUCGCAUCUUUGGGACCGAAGGUACUUUGACAGUUCCAGAUGGAAAUCUUUGGACAUAUCGACAGGAAGAUGCGGACAAGAGAGGACUUGAGAUUGGAUGGAACAUACCAAUGAGGCGAGAAGUUCUCGAAGUCAAGGACGGAAUUCCCUUUCAACUUCAGACGGAGCACUUGGCUCGGAUAGUGGCUGGAAAAGAAGAACCUCUCUGUUCUGGUGCCGAUGGUCUGGCGGCAGUCAAGGUGUGUGAGGCUGUGAUCAAAGCAUUGGAAAAAGCCGACGGUUAUCCUGUUGAUAUUUACUGA